AUGACCGGAGCAUUGAAACUAGGAGUGGCCGGAGCAUUUAAACCAGGAGUGGCCGGAGCAUUGAAACCAGAAGUGGCCGGAGCAUUGAAACCAGGAGUGGCUGGAGCAUUGAAACCAGGAGUGGCUGGAGCAUUGAAACCAGGAGUGGCCGGAGCAUUGAAACCGAGAGUGACUGGAGCAUUAAAACCAGGAGUGACCGGAGCAUUGAAACUAGGAGUGGCCGGAGCAUUUAAACCCGGAGUGGCCGGAGUAUUGAAACCGGGAGCGGCCGAAGCAUUGAAACCGGGAGCGGCCGGAGCAUUGAAACCGGGAGAGCCCAGAGCAUUGCAUGAGUUUAUCGUAAUGUACUACUCAGAUGUAUCGGGUAUGCCUUAA